AUGUUGUCGAGCCAGGACUUUGAUGCAGUCACUUGGUCUGCUGAAGAUGACUUGAUCGUCGAGGAGCUUGUUGUCAGAGCAGACCAGCUCCUGACAUCUAGGAAAGACAGCUCAGCUGCAGGCGCCGCUAUAAGCGCCGCCCCAUCAGAUCAUUCACAGCAAGUGCUUCCUGAUAACGCAUUGGAGCGGGCAUCAGAUCCCUCGAAGCCCCCUGAUGACCAAGCAGCGAACCUGGCAUUCAGGCUGCCAGAUUUGGAGGACAUUGGCCUCGUCCUGGACAGGAGGCGGUUCAGAGCAAUGGGACUCUCAGUAACUGACUUUGUAGCUUCAGAGUGGUGCCAGCAGCAGUUCGCCCUUGCUCUCACUGCAGACCUUCCACCGGAGGUGACUAAGACAGCGGCCAUGGCCGCCGGCUCUGACCUGCACAAGGCGCUGGAGUCGGAGGUGAAGACGUUUGUGGAGAUUGAAGUUAUCACCAGGGAGGACGCCUGGGCGCUGAGGCUCAUCGAGUGCAUUGCCUGCCUGCGGCAACUCAUGCGCAAGGGCAUGACACGAGAGGUCUAUGUCUUCGGCAAAUUCCAGGGCCACUGGGUGAAGGGCAUCAUCGAUGAGCUGCAGCUGGAUGAGCUGGGCAAGGUGCGCAUCGUGGAGCACAAGACCCGGCGCAGAUCCUCGGUCCCAUCGGACGCACAGAAAGAAACUGCACGCCUGCAGGUGAUGUUGUACCGGAGCUUGCUGCUUGGGCUGGCAGAUGCAUGUGAUGCGGAGUGUGGGUCUGAGAUCUUGGCGCUGCACCGGUUGGACGGAAAAGCGCAGCUUUCAAAGGAGGUGAUGAAGCACGCAAGGACCCACAAGGUUGCGCUGAUUGUCAACCUGAACCAGCUGCUCAGCAGCCUCCGGGCAACCGCCCAGAAGCUGCCACCCUGCUCCGAGGAGAUGGAGGUGAGGUACCUGUGGCAGGGGGAUGGGAGCUUGCUGGGGUGCAUGGCAGUUUGGUGGGAUGCUGACUGGACAGAACGCCAGGUCAGCGCCCACCUGGCAGUAUUGGCCGGCGAAGCAGCGCCGUCCAAAGUUCUGCAGGAGCACGCGUGGAAGUGUGAGUACUGCAUGUUCUUCCAUGCAUGCGGCGGACCCUCGCGCUGUGCAGACGCUGCCAGCCGCCCUCCUUCAGCAGCAGUCCCUGUAUAA